CCAGGAGAGCACGUAGUUGUAUUGUCUAGAGACGUGUUCCUACGCGCUCCCAUCACGUAGUCGAAACUGGCAGAAAAUUACAAAGAAUUUCCUACAGUCUUUAAUAAAUGACUGAAUAUGCAUACAUACAUCAUGUACUAAUAUUUCAAUUUAUAAUUUAGUAUAAAUAAAUAACAAAUUAAUUUAUGUGUCAAUAUAACCUUUUGAAUAUUUAAUAUUUAAAUUAUAUAUUGACAUUUUAAUAUUGAAUGAUAUGAAAUAAUUUUUCUGAGCAUUUCUCCAACUUGUUUAUCGACUAGACGGUUUUCAUACUUGAAUUAGUUCAAUUGUGGAGUAUACUAAGCUUAUUGCGUGUAUUUUAGCGUUCUGUGUUAGUGUUGUGGGUUCGGACAUGUGAUAACGAUUAUUUGGAAUAAAGAUGUGGACGAUAUUUUGGUGCUCGUGGAUUCUUCUGGUGUUUUCCACGCUGGUGUCUGCAACACUCGCUGUUACUGAACCUCACUUUGGGAGUUGGAUGCACAUGGGACUCUUGGAGGAGACGUCUGAGCCUCUACCAUGUGGUAGGACUCCGGGCCUAUCACCUGGGCAGACCAAACUGUGUCAUCUCUACGAAGACCACAUGCCUGGGGUCGGCCGAGGUGCCAGGGCAGGCAUAGACGAGUGCCAGUGGCAGUUUCGACACCGACGAUGGAACUGCUCUAUCGUCAAUGACGCCACCGUCUUCGGUCCUGUCGUCAAAAUUGCCAGCAGGGAGGCAGCAUUCACCCACGCCAUCGCAGCGGCUGGAGUGGUCUACUCCAUCGCGAGAGCUUGCAGAGAUGGCCAACUUAGCUCCUGCGGCUGCUCCAGAUCAGGGAGACCACGAGAUCUGCACCGAGACUGGAUAUGGGGAGGGUGUGGAGACAACCUCGAGUAUGGAUAUAGGUUUACUCAGGGGUUUGUUGACGUCCGGGAAAGAGAGAGGACGUUCAGAAGAGGGUCUAGGGAGCAGGCACGUGCUUUAAUGAACCUCCACAACAACGAAGCUGGUCGAAGGGCGGUGAUCAAGACGGCUCAAGUGACCUGCAAGUGUCACGGGGUUUCCGGAUCCUGCAGCCUUAUCACGUGCUGGCAGCAGAUGCCUUCUUUUCGGCGGAUCGGUGACUAUCUGAAAGAUAAGUACGACGGUGCUACAGAGGUGAGAGCCAACAAACGCGGCAAACUCCAGAUUCGAGACCGCAGGUUCAACCUGCCCACCGCCAACGACCUGGUGUACAUCGAGGAGUCACCUAACUAUUGCCUUCGCAACCUCACACUGGGCUCACUCGGUACUCAGGGGCGAGUCUGCAACAGGACCUCUCACGGCAUGGACGGCUGCAACUUGAUGUGCUGCGGCCGCGGCUACAACACGCAGAAGGUCACUGUCAAAGAACGUUGCAACUGCAAAUUCCACUGGUGCUGUUUUGUCGACUGCAAGACCUGCAUCAAGACUGUGGACAUCCACACCUGCAAGUAGUUCCUUCUCUUGGAGCUCUUCCAUACCAUCCCACCUCGACUUUACCUGCUGUCCAGAAAUCGCCGUUUACAGAGCAAUAACGAAAUCUUUGCUGCUGUUUCUUCGAGAACAAGACUAUCAAGCACAGGUGAUCGGUACACAUCCACACCUAAUUAUUUCUCCUGGGUUUCUCCCAAACUAUUCCAAUUGUACAUCCUGAUUAAAAGUAUUUCCAAAGGUAUGAGAUCUGCUUGGUUGGCUGAAAACAUUCAAGAUCUUGGACAUCUCCACUUGCAGUCAUUUCUUACCGUAUUUAUCGUGGAACACUUAUUUACGAAUAUACAAUUUUAUAAACUAAUACACUCCUAAUUCCACUACUCUAACAGCUACAAGAUCUUCUUUUCGGAAGAGGGCAUACCUGUAGUAAUUUGUUGAAUCUUUAUUGCACCUCAACUUAACCAUAUUGAUAACAGUAAUGUUGAUGGGAUUUACUGGUGCUACUUCGUCGAUUGCAAAACAUUUAAGACUGGGUGUCAGUGUUACGGUUCCUUCUAAUGCAAGACUCUUGUAAUAAGAUUGAACAGAACAGUGUUGUAUAUUAUUUUUAAACUCUCCCUAAUCAUUCUACUUGACUGUAUAAUCCUGAUAUUAAUAUUCUCGUGGAUAAUAAUAUGCUGCUCUGUCGAUAAGAAACAUGCACCAAGCCAAUGUCCUGGAGAUAUUCAUCAUAUUUGACUCUACUACCCUUUAUUUAUGUACCAAUAUUACGUAAUACGUGAAAUAUUACGUACUCAAGUUUGUGAGUACAAGACUGAAGAUAUCAAUACUCAUAAGCGGCUCUUAUACUUUGGCAUAAGAUUGUACAGAUGUACAAUACAGUGGUAUUGUAUAUGCGGAUUGUACUUUAUUUUUAUAAAUUAACGGAUUGUACUGAAUAGAAUCUCAAUGGGUGUCAAGUCAAAUGAUUCGGGACAUUCACCCUUUUCAAGAUUUUGUCUUGUGAGAGAAAUAUCUCCAAUCUACCCCGUCCUAUUUACAACGUAAGUCAGCAUCAUCUAGCACUAAACUGCCUCCAAGCAUACAAGGCACGCUGCACUAAUUGUAUCCUUGUAUCCUGCUGAGAUGUCCAACUUCGUGGAAGUUUGCUGUAAUUUAGACAAUUUUGAAGAUAUCUAAGAUGAAUUUUCUUUGCGUAAAUAAUUUCAGUAUUUCAUAAUAACAUAUUUAUUUAUAUUUAAUAUAAACAGUUAAGUAUUGUCAUUAUAUUAGUGAAGCUUACUUUAUUACUUACCCUCCUCAUCAAAGGUAAUCUAAAUAUCUUUUGCCGCUUAUUUCCACGUAUGCUUAUUUCAGUUUUUAAAAAUAUUUUUACACUUUUAGAGGAAUUAAAUUAUUAAUUUUUAAUAUUGGGAUUAAAGACUGUUAUGUGUGUACUUGUGCACUACACUCAGAAUAACAUGUUAACCCGUAUCAGCCCAGAUAAUAAAGUGAGAAAUGAACAUUCUGUGUGAGGAUUGACUAUAUCUCUGUGUCUUUAUGACUGUUACGGGAUAAAAAAAUAAAUGUAACUGAUAGAAAUGUAAUAAACGUUCUCACUUCUAUACUUGCUCUGUCUUGUACAACCCAUUGUUAUAAACGUACUGCCAUGCCUCCUUGUUACUAUUAAACCUAUUUAAUUGACAUUAUCACUAAUUGUUAUCAUUUAAUAACAAACAAAUUCUAAAGAAAAAAAAUGAAGAAAACAAAUAAAAGUAUUGCUAUUGUAAGACUAUUACAUUUUCUGUGUGCUCUUAUAUAUUUUGAACGAUUAGUUGGAACUAAUUACCCAGAAUAUUGUUGUUUUAUUUAAUUUAUUGUGUAUUUAUAAAGAAAAUUAUAGCGAUACAGUGCAGAGGUUUUCAAUGAGAUUAUUUUUUACAUUAUUAAAGCAUACUUAAAACGGUUAGACCUUGAUGACUCAACGUUAGUAACGUAAAUAAUUGAUUAUCUAUAUAAACAUUUAAAGUAUCAGAUUCAUUCACGUUUUAAAAAUUACUAGCGUUACUUCUCAUUGUAAUUAUAGCAAAGUUUUGUAUUAAAUGAAUACAAAAGUUCAUUCUGUAUUCAUUUUUAAUAUUGGAAUCGAACGUAAUUUCUACGAUAUUAAAGCAUGAUGAAAUGUAUCUAUUAAUUCCUGUUUACACUAUACAUCUUAAGAUUAUAGUUCAAAUCCUGUAAAUAAGUUCUAUAUCGUUUAAAUAAUUGUCAAUUUUUAGUAUACAUUCUGUUAUAUACACCUAAAUGUAUUGUACCAGUAUUAUUUCCACUAUUUUCUUGUACAUAUAGACAUUAUAUUGUUACCUUCAUUCAAUUUACCAUUUAUAGGAGCUUAUAACUUCAUGUUCAUUUUAUGUGAAUAAUGUAUCCCACAUCAUUUUCUUUUGUGUACAAAUGAGGAUAAUAGUUUUUAUAUUUCACUUAAUGUUAAGUAAUUUAGGUUAAUUUAUUUUCUAAAAGAGUUUUGUACAAAUAACUUUGCUGUUGUAAAUAGUUAUCUAUACUUCUUUAACAAUUUCGAGUAAUAAAAGUUUCUUUGUGUAAAUUCAAAGUUGGUGUGCCAAGAAGUAUUUUGUGUUGUGAUGAAUUGUACAACUUGUACUUAUUGUAUUUUGAUAUAUUUCUUUUGUAUGUUCAUAUUUAUGUGUACACAUCCCAGCGCUCAUCUUACUGUGCGUCAGGCUGUUAUUAAAUGUGAAGACAUUGAAAUGUUUGUGCCA